CAAAAAAGAAAUAGCUUUGUCACAUGAUUAUCUGUCAAAUUUAGGAUUGUUUCUUUGCUGCUAUAACUUAUAAGCUGACUGGUGUUGCCUGGAAGGAUGUCUAAUGCACCGCCUUCAUAUCAAGAAACUGUAGGUGCUGGAUACACAAAUUACGGAGCUCAGCAGUCAGGUUUUGACCCAAAUAAGGCCCCCGGGUACCAGGGCGGUUAUGACCCUAGCAAGGCCCAAGGAUACCAGGGUGGUUAUCAGGGAGGAUACCAGCAAGUUUCCAGCUAUCAACAGUCAGUCCUUGUGCAACCACAGCCUCAGAUAAUUGUGGUUGGGGGAUGUCCUGCCUGCAGGGUAGGAGUAUUAGAGGAUGACUACACAUGUCUAGGUGUUUGUUGUGCCAUCUUGUUUUUUCCCAUUGGAAUUCUCUGCUGCCUCGCCAUGAAGGAACGACGAUGCCCCAACUGUGACGCUAGGUUUCCGUAAAACAUUUAGUUUUCUGAUACUUAUACUAAUAGGGUUAACAACCUUUACCUGUUCGUUAUUGGCUGAUGUGCAGGGGGAAGAUAACUCUGUGAAACUGAAUUUUCUCGCUAGAAUCUAGCGCUGGCUGACAGAUUCUCUUUCAUUCGGUUCUUGUUUUGGACCCAUUGAUAUAAAGUUUUGAAUUAAUGACUUUUAUCUCGAUAAUGGUUGUUUUUUUAUCACAUAAUUUUUUAGAGUUUUUAGUGUUCAAAAUUAUAUUUUGUCAAAUAACAUUUAUUUGGUAAUUUAGCCGUUGAUUUUGUUUGAGUAAAUCAGUAGAAUUAAACAAAGGCUAGGUCUGUAGACUUAAAAAAUCAAACACAGCUGGUUAAAGGGUUUUUGGUACAUGUAUGCAUUUACCAAAUAAAUGGGUCGAAUGUCAACAACACUCCAGGCCCAUAGAGUUUAAUUGAGAGGAACAUUGUAGAAUGUACAUGUCUUGCAAAAUCAGAAUAACAGACAUUUCUGCAUAAACAUAAUCAACAAAAUUAAUUAUUUAACCAGAUUCUUUUUCAUAAUAAAGAAAGUAUUGACUUUUUUCAUGAACAUAAGUGUAAUAAUUGCUUCAUUAAAAACUGGCUCAUUUUGUGUUGUUUUUGAUGGACAUUUCAUGAAUACUGAAAUAAUUCCAUUGUACCCUGUCAUACAUGUGUCUGACUGUAGAUAUGUGACUGUGAACAGAGUCAAUAUAUGUUUCACAAAAUUCCAAAAUGAAGGUUUUACUUGUUGUUGUUUUCAUUAUUAUAUAUAUUUAAGUGUGUGUUAAUUUGUUAAAAGCUGGCUUUAAGGACAAACAUCUAAUUGAAAAAUUAUUUAUGAAUGUUUUUUUUAUAAAUCCACUGUUUUGAAAAUAAACAACUUCAGGGAAUAAUUUGAAUCAGUAAUUUUUAUUACUUUGUUGUUAGAAAGGCUGGUUUUGAACUCAUUUAUGCUGAGUCAUUUUGCAGACAUGCUGGACAUUUUAUUAUUUAUAUUUUUUCUUUCCGAUGGUAUAUGGGUACUUUUCUCUUUACUGUAUACAUAUUAAAUGUUAUGCAAGUGAAAUUCUUCAUGUUUUCAUGAACAUAUGUCUAGUACCAACUACAUUUUAGUUAUAAUUGAAAUAUUGGAUCUUUUUACAUGGAAUGCAAUUUCAUGUGUCACUGAAUGGAACAUACAAAACCAGUUUUCUUUAUAGUAUUUGUGUAAAAUCAUACAAGAAAAAACACAACUCAAGUGUUUAAAAUUGAUGAACAUACUGGUAAUAAAAGCAAGAUUACGUUCCCUCGUGCCCUAUAUAUUGUUACAAUCUUGACUUACUGUUACCCAUGUUUAUAUAUAUAUUUGAAUAUUAUUUUGAAUAUGUCUACACAUAUUUUACAGUGUUACACAAAUGCCCUAUAUUAUUUUGGUAUCAUUAUUUUAUGGAUUUUAUAAGCAAUAAAGAAAAAUCCAAAAUGGUCAUUAUGUGUCUAAUUAUACCCCCACAAACGAAGUUUGAGGGGGUAUAUAGGAGUGAGCUUGUCGGUGGGUCGGUCUGUCUGUCGGUUUUCAUGGUUUCCGGACGAUAACUCAUGAAAGGCUAGACAGAUUUUAAAAAAUUUUGGUACACAGGUGUAACAUCAGAAGAUACAGGUCAAGUUCGAUAUUGGGGCUGGUGGGGCCAAGGUCAAGGUCACUGUUACUAUAAAUAGAAAAACGGUUUCCGGACGAUAACUCAUGAAAGGCUUGACAGAUUUGAAAAAAUUUUGGUACACAGGUGUAACAUCAGAAGAUACAGGUCAAAUUCGAUAUUGGGGCUGGUGGGGCCAAGGUCAAGGUCACUGUGACUAAAAAUAGAAAAACAGUUUCCGGACGAUAACUCAUGAAAGGCUAGACCGAUUUGAACAAUUUUUGGCACACAGGUGUAACAUCAGAAGAUACAGAUCAAGUUAGUGAUCUUGUCGGUCAGUCUGUCUGUCGGUCGGUCGGUCGGUUUUCAUGGUUUCCGGAUGAUAACUCGUGAAAGGCUAGACAGAUUUAAAAAAAAAAUUGGUACACAGGUGUAACAUCAGAAGAUACAGUUCAAGUUCGAUAUUGGGGCUGGAAGGCCAAGGUCAAGGUCACUGUUACUUAAAAUAGAAAAACGGUUUCCGGACGAUAACUCAUGAAAGGCUAAACGGAUUUGAACAAUUUUUGGUACACAGGUGUAACAUCAGAAGAUACAGAUCAAUGUCGAUAUUGGGGCUGGUGGGGUCAAGGUCACUGUUACUAAAAAUAGAAAAAUGGUUUCUGGACGAUAACUCAUGAAAGGCUUGACAGAUUUGAACAUUUUUUGGCAGUAACCUUGGAGUUAUGGCCUCUCUUCAAAGGAAUGGUUUGCCAUUCCUGUGUCCAGGCGGCAUUUGGGGGUAUUCGUCACUCCUGUGACAGCUCUAGUUUCAGUUAAAAGAAGAAAAACAAGUUUAAAGUACAAUCACUUUAUCAGGGAUGAUAAAGUUCAGGAUUAAUCCUGAAAUCAGGAUUGAAAGCUUUCGGUUUCAGACUAUCAUACAGUUGUAUUUAGUUUGUUUUUGAUGGACACUUGCAUUAAAAAUAGUAAGAAAUACGCUUAAAAUGGAUAUAAAUGGCUUUGAAAACCUUUCAAAAGGGGUCUAAGCCCUUUAACACUUUUUAUGGCCCGAAUCCCUCAUAUUCAAACUAAUUUUUCAGGAUUGGAGAUUUUGGUCAGUUAUCAUCAUGUUUAUGUGUAAUGUUUUUUGGUCAUUUUUUUACAUAUUGUUUAUUAGCAAGCAUUACCUUUUCAAAUGGUACCAAAAUUAUAUGGAAUCACCACACAAUUUAACAAUUGUGGGUAUAAUGUGACUUGCUUAUUUGGGGUUGGGAUUGCUACAAGUAUAAAAACAUUGUACAUGUAUCUUAUAACAUACUGAAUUAUUAUAAUUAUGUUCAUAAUGAUAACCAUUUACUGAUGUUAUUUUGUUUAUCUGAGAAAAACGAAUAUCAAGAAUUUGUUUUUGUAUGGGCGGACACUAUCUGUAUGUAUUUGCUGAUUUUUCUAUGUUUUUUAAGCAAUUAAGAGUAAAUAUAAUCAUUUUUUGUUAAACUUCCCUUUUGUUAUUCAUACCCAUUCCAAGACUUGAUCUUUUUUUGUAAUUUCUGCAUCCAUGAACAACUUAAAAUUUCCAUUAUUUGAAACACACUUUGGCAAAUUUCAUACAACUGAAAAGAGAAAAAAGGUUUUUAAGAAAUAUUCACUAAACAUUUCAUAGAUAUACAUAGGUUAAUGGCAUUUAACACAAAUCUACAUUGUUUAAAUCCUUAUAAUCAUCAAUGUUUCCAAAAAGUAAAGAAAUAUCACUAAAACUAUUAACUUGUCAUGCAUAACAUGAACUAUUGAUGGCUAUUAUGGGUUUACAUUGGUAUGCAACUCAUAAGUUAUAUACAUGGCCAUGAGCAGUUUUUUUUUUAUUAAAUGUAUGGUUCCCUCCCUUGCAUCAACAAAAUAAUUUCCCAAAAUAUGUGUUUUGAUAUAAUGCAUGUAUAUACAAAAUAUUUUCUUGAUACACUUGGAGAAAGGUGCUGAAUUUGAGAAAAAUAAAAUUCAUAUGUAUAUUUUAAAGUUAAUUAACUUAAAAUCAUAUUUCAGAUUUAAAAUUCAACAAGUUAUUCCAAAAAGAUUAGAUUUUAAAAUAUUGGAUCAAAUGCAGAAAAUUUAUUGAACUUAUGUAGCAAAAAAUGUGAUUAUUUAGAUCAUUUUUUAUUUUUACAAUAGGCAAAUGUAUAUGGAUAAUGUCAGUGGUUCUUGAAACCUUAUAUGCUGUGAUAGGUGAAGAGUUGUUAGGAUAUGAGAUUUUAUUGACUGGUUGGUACAUUUUAUAUUCAUUGUUGUAGAUAUUUGCCAAAUAAAUCAUCAUGCUAUA